UUGGCCGCUAUAGACGCAAGGAGAGGGAGAAAUAAAACAAUUGCAUGGUUAACACGCGUCUACCAGACGGAAGAAAGGAAGGACAACUGAAAGGAGCGAAUAACGGGAGAAAAAACCUUAGGUUUAACCUGAAACAGAUCGCUUCUUUGAAAUAAGGAUAAAACAUUUUUUCUCAACCCUGGAUAUAAUGUGAGGCACCACCCGUGCAUUCAUAUUUAUUGAACGCUUUUUGGAUUGUUCUGCAGUGGGAAAAGGAAUUGGAAAUAAUUCUGCUUACAAAUAGGUGUUUUUUCCGGGGGAUAACGAACACAUCCACAAAGACCUGGAGCGGUAACAGAUGAACGCUUAAGAGGGAGCGCACGGUAUGAGGACAGCAUCUAAACGUUCGGGCGGGACGAUGGCGGAAGGGCCGCGGAGAGCGGGGUUCUGGGACGGGAGGACGACGACGACGAUGACGCCGCUGCUGCUGCUGCUGGCCGUCCUGGCCGCCCGCUGUCCCGCGGUUUCGGGCACGCUGGAGCUGCAGCUGGACGAGGAGCAGCCGGCGGGCACCAUCGUGGGCGACAUCAGCGCGGGCCUGCCGCCCGGGGUGACAGCGUCGCUCUACUUCAUCUCGGACCUCGACGGGACGGGCGUGGGCAGCGACCUGCACGUCGACGAGACCACGGGCAUCAUCAAGACCGCCAAGGUCCUGGACCGGGAGGCCAGGGACCGCUACAGCUUCAUCGCCGUCACCAUGACCGGCGUGACCGUGGAGGUCACCGUGGUGGUCAACGACAUCAACGACCACGCCCCGGAGUUUCCCCGGAAGAGGGUCGCCUUCAAGAUCCCCGAGCAGACGGCGGUGGGCACCAGGUUCCCUCUGGACCCGGCGUCGGACGCCGACGAGGACCGGCUGACCACCCAGGGGUACCUCAUCAAGGACGGGAACAUCGGGCAGGCCUUCCGGCUGGAGACCAAGAGAGGCGCCAACAAGAUCCUGUACCUGGACCUGGUGGUCAACGCCGUCCUGGACAGGGAGAAACGGGCGUCCUACUCCCUGGUCCUGGAGGCCUUCGACGGGGGCUCCCCGAAGAAGACCGGGCAGAUGGUGCUGGAAAUUUCCGUCCAGGACAUCAACGACCACGCCCCCGUCUUCAACCAGAGCCGCUACCACGCCUUCAUCUCGGAGAACCUGCCGCUGGGCAGCAACAUCCUGCAGGUGUUCGCCACCGACGCGGACGAGGGGGACAACGGCCUGGUCCUGUACGAGAUCAACCGGCGGCAGAGCGACCCCGAGCGCUACUUCGCGAUCGAGCCCCGCUCCGGCGUCAUCGCGCUCAGCAAGCCGCUGGACUACGAGCAGCGCAAGGUCCACGAGCUGGUGGUGCAGGCCCGGGACAACGCCUCGCAGCCCGAGGUCACCAACGCCUUCGUCACCAUCCACGUGCGCGACUUCAACGACAACCAGCCCACCAUGACCAUCAUCUUCCUCAGCGAGGACGGCUCGCCCCGCAUCUCCGAGGGCGCCCAGCCCGGCCAGUACGUGGCCCGGAUCUCCGUCACCGACCCGGACUACGGCGAGUACUCCAACGUCAACGUGUCCCUGGAAGGCGGGGACGGGAAGUUCGCGCUCACCACCAAGGACAGCAUCAUCUACCUCAUCUGCGUGGACCAGAUCCUGGACCGCGAGGAGCGGGACUCGUACGAGCUGAGGGUCAUGGCCACCGACGCCGGGACGCCUCCCCUCAGGGCGGAGUCCUCCUUCACCAUCCAGGUGACGGACGUCAACGACAACCCGCCCCUCUUCGACCAGCAGGAGUACAAGCACGCCAUCCCGGAGGUGGUCUACCCGGGGAGCUUCGUGCUCCAGGUCACCGCCCGGGACAAAGACCAGGGCCCCAACGGGGACGUCCGCUACAGCAUCCUGCGGGACGCCGCGGGGGCCCGCUCCGACUGGUUCGCCAUCGACCCCGAAACGGGGAUCAUCACCACCGCCGCCCAGCUGGAUUACGAGACCGACCCCCGGCCCAGCGUCACCGUGGUGGCCACCGACGGCGGGCGGCCGCCCCUCUCCUCCACCGCCGUGGUCAAGGUCGUCCUGCAGGAUGUAAACGACAACCAGCCCGUUUUCGGGAGCGACUCCUACAACGUGUCCAUCAAGGAGGACACCUCUCCCGGGACCUGCUUCCUGGAGGUGACGGCGACCGACGCGGACAGAGGCUCCUUCGGCGCUGUCUCGUACUCCCUGGGGUCGGGCGGCGGCAACGGCGGGAGCCCCGCCCAGUUCACCAUCGCCAAGGAGACGGGGCAGAUCUGCACCGCCGCGGCGCUGGACCGGGACCAAGGGCCCGCCAGCUACGAGUUCAGCGUCACGGCAGUGGACGGGGGUGGCCUGAGUUCCACGGCCCGCGUGACGGUCCAGCUCCAGGACAUCAACGACAACCGACCCACCUUCUACCCGCUGCACUACGCCGUGAGCCUGAGCUCACAGAGCGCGCCCGGGACCUCCGUCGCCAGGGUGACGGCCUUCGACCCCGACGCGGGGGAGAACGGGAGGGUGACCUACCGCACGGCGCCCGGCGGGGGCUCCUCCUUCUUCACCCUAAACAAGGACACAGGUGUGAUCUCCCUGUCCCGUUCCCUCCACGGAAAGGCCAAUUCGGUCAUCCCCAUGGUGAUCUCGGCGCAGGACGGGGGCGGGCUCACCGCCCCGGUGAACGCCAGGGUGAACAUCAGCGUGGUGGCGGGCUCGGUGGCGCCCCCUGUGUUCGAGCAGGCGCAGUACUUCUUCGCCGUCAGCGAGGACGUGCUGCGGGGAACGGUGGUGGGCGUGGUCAGGGCCAACAGCCGGAGCAGUUCCUCCAAAGAUGUCUUCUACACCAUCUCCUCGGGCGAUCCGGACGGCUACUUCACGGUGGACCCGGAGACGGGCUCCCUGCGGACCAGCCUGCCGCUGGACCACGAGGCCCGGUCCUCGCUGGACCUGGAGGUGCAGGCGCGGUCGGGCUCGCCCCCGGCCUACGGCCAGACGCGGGUCCGCGUCACCGUCGCCGACGUCAACGACAACGCCCCCAGCUUCCUGCCCUCGUCCUCCGAGUCCCUCCUGCUGCCCGAGGCCACGGAGGUGGGCGCGGUGGUGUACCGGGUCCGAGCCGAGGACCGCGACUCAGGCCCCAACGGCCAGCUGACCUUCGACCUGGCCUCGGCGGGCGGCCAGCGCACCUUCGCGGUGGACCGGGCCAGCGGGGAGGUGCGCCUGAUCGGCGGGCUCUCGUACGAGACGGCCCCGCGCUACGACCUGGCGGUGACGGCGCGCGACGGGGGCGUGCCCCAGCUCAGCUCCACCUUCGCGCUGGCGGUGCACGUGCAGGCCGAGGACCAGCAGGGCCCCGCCUUCGACACGCUGGUCUACCGCGUGGAGCUGCGGGAGGGCACGCCCCUCGGCACCCGCUUCCUGCAGGUGCGGGCGCUCAACCGGGAGGGGGGCGGGGCCAACGGAGGCUCCGCCCACCCCGGCGGGGGGCCGGCCUACCACCUGCGGCCGGACGGGGACGCGGCGGGCUUCGGCGUCGCCCCCGACAGCGGGUGGCUGUUUGUGAAGAGCGCCCUGGACCGCGAGGCCAAGGACGUGUACCUGCUGACGGUCCACGCCACGUCCGGCAGCGGGCACCUCAAGAGGACGGGCAGCGCCACCGUCAGGGUCUCGGUGACGGACGAGAACGACAACCCGCCCCGCCUGACGCGGGACCGCGCCUUCCUGGCCGUGCGCGAGAACCUGCCCGCCGGCACCGGGUUCGGGAGGGUGUCGGCCACCGACCGGGACGCCGGCCUCAACGCCCGCCUCGCCUACCGCCUCCUGCACUCGGACGCCAACUUCCAGAUCAACUCUCAGACCGGUGAGAUCAGCACCAGGGUGGUGCUGGACCGUGAGCACCAGUCCAGUUACCAGCUGGUGGUGGUGGUGCAGGACGGGGGCACGCCCCCCCGCAGUGCCACGGGCACCGCCCACAUCACCAUGCUGGACGACAACGACAAUGCCCCCUCCUUCACCCACGCGCCCGGGGGGGAGCUCCUCCUGCAGGUGCUGGAGGGCCAGGCCUCUGGUUCCAUAAUCGGGGUGCUGCAGGCCAAAGACCCGGACGAGGGGGAGAACAGCACCGUAUACUACUCUCUGUCAGGUCCCCGGGCCGAGCGGUUCUCCCUGGACCCGAACACAGGCGAGCUGCGCACCUCGUCCCCGCUGAGCCAGGCCGAGAGGGCGGAGUACGGAUUCACUGUGACCGCCACUGACCGGGGCGUGCCCCCCCGGAGCACCGACUGCACCCUGCGCGUACAGGUUCUAAGUUCCAGGAAGGCUGUCCCAAAACCCAACACGCUCUCCAUGACCCUCAACUCGGUUGAGGGAGCCCAGCCCGGGUCGAUCAUUGGGUCCGUCCGAUCACAUGACCAGCAGAAGGUUCCGGAGGAGGGUCAGGUGACCUACGUGGUGGUGGGCGGGACGGACCGGGACGGGACGUUCAUGGUGGACCGUCUGACGGGGGACGUGUACCUGACCCGGGAGCUGGACUACGAGCGGGGCGCCCGCUACACCCUCCGGAUCGAGGUGGACGACUUCUCCAGGGCCUAUCCCAGCAGCCACCUGGUGCAGCUGGACAUCGAGGUGCAGGACAGCAACGACCACGCGCCGCAGUUCCCCGAGGACCCCGUCACCAUCGUGGUCCCCGAAAACAUGGAGCCCGGCUCCUCCGUCUACACCUUCCAGGCGGAGGACCGGGACGGGACGGGGCCCAACAGCGAGGUGCGCUACUCCAUCCUGAACCGCUGGCCCGACGCCCCCGACCUGCUCCUCCUGGACCCCGCCACGGGGGUGCUGACGCUGGGCGGGGCCCUGGACCACGAGGCCGCCUCCUCCCUCCUCCUGGUGGUGCAGGCCACGGACUCCGCCCCCGACCCCGCCCAGCGGCGCCGGGGCUCGGUGACGGCCCGCGUGUUCGUGACGGACGAGAACGACAACGCGCCCGUGUUCGGCUCGCCGGCCGCCGUCAGCGUGAUGGAGGACCAGCCGGCGGGCUUCGUGGUGCUCUACGUGGUGGCGCGCGACGCCGACCGCGGCGAGAACGGCCGCGUCUCCUACCGCAUCCGGGACGGGAACGCCGGCGCCCGCUUCAGCCUCAACCCCAACACAGGUUCCCUGACCAUCCUCAAGGCCCUGGACCGUGAGGAGCAGGCGCUCUACAACCUGACGGUCGUCGCCGAGGAUCACGGGACGCCCCAGCACUCCACCACCCAGCUGCUGUCCAUCCAGGUGAUCGACGUCAACGACGAGGCGCCCUGGUUCGAGAGGGGCGAGUUCGAGGCCCAGGUGUCCGAAAACCGGGCCCCUGGGACGUCCGUUCUGACCGUGUCCGCCUCGGACCGGGACCAAGGGACCAAUGGCCAAGUGACUUAUGGAGGCAUCGUGGAAGAGGGGUUCACCAUUGAUCCCGUGACGGGGGUCAUUUCCACCACCAAAACCCUGGACAGGGAGGUCCAGGACCGCUACACAGUGACAGUCUAUGCAAAAGAUGGCGGGCUUCCACCGAACUUCUCCAAGGCAACGGUGAGGAUCGAGGUCCUGGACGAGAACGACAACGCCCCGGUCUUCAGCCGGUCCCUCCACAGCCUGGAGGUGCCCGAAAACCUGGAGCCCGUGGCGCUCUUCACCCUGAGGGCCACCGACCAGGACGCGGGGAACGGUGGGGACGUGGAGUACAGGAUCACGGCCGGUGACCCUGCAGGUGACUUCCACCUGGACAGGAGCUCCGGGACACUGUCCACAGCCCGGCCCCUGGACCGAGAGGGUCGGCCCAGCUACACGCUGACGGUGGUGGCCCAGGACCGGGGGGCCAGCCCCCUCAGCAGCACCGCCACCGUGGAGGUGACCGUCCUGGACGUCAACGACAACAGCCCGAGGUUCGAGAGCGCCGGCUACGCCGCGGACGUUCCGGAAGACGCCGCCGCGGGGUCGCCGGUGCUGGCGGUGGCGGCCGGCGACGACGACGAGGGCGAGAACGGCCGGGUGCAGUACUUCCUGUCCAGCGAGUCGGCGGGCACGUUCGCCGUGGACCAGGACACCGGCCGCAUCACCGUGGCGGCGCCGCUGGACCGGGAAAAGCGGGCCUCCUACGACUUCCUGGUUCGGGCGGUGGACUCCUCCCCCGCCGGGCCCCGCAACAGCACGGCCCGCGUGACCGUCAACGUCCUGGACGUCAACGACAACGCCCCCUUUUUCAUCCAGGACCCGCUCGUCAUCAACGUCUCCAGCGGCAGCGUCUCGGCCAAUCAGGUGGUGGCCACCAUGAAGGCUGAGGACAAGGACUUCGGCGGCAACGGCUCGGUCUUCUACCGAUUCUCCAGCCCGGUGCGCGGCUUCGCCAUCAACUCUCUGACUGGCCAGAUACAGGUGACCGACAAGCAGCAGGCCCUGUCCCAGAGCCAGCGCACGCUCAUCGUGGAGGCCAAGGACCAGGGCAGCCCCGCCCAGUCCUCGCUGGGGGUGGUGCUCGUCUACGUCAAGGAGCAGGAGUACAGCGGCAUCCGCUUCUCCCAAAACGCCCGGGACAUCAGCCUCCAGGAGAACGCUGCCACAGGUACGGCCGUGGCGCAGGCCCAAGCACAGCACCCCGACGGCCUACAGAUCUCCUACAGCAUCUUCAGCGGGAACAGACUGCAGUCCUUCAGCAUCAGUAAAGACACAGGUGAGAUCGUCGUGCAGGAGUCCUCCGGCCUGGACUUUGAGGACACCCCCAGGCUCCGCCUAGUGGUGAAGGCGGAAACUGCGUCCUCCAGCUCCUACAUGGCCAUCAACCUGAUCCUCCAGGACGUCAACGACAACCUGCCGCGCUUCCAGCUGCAGAACUACGUGGUCUACAUGCGGGAGGCGCAGGGAUACGACAUCCCCAUCAUUCAGGUUCUGGCCGAUGACCUGGACCAGGGUCAGAACGGCCAGGUGACCUACUCCAUCAAGUCGUCCACCCUGAGCGGCCUCUUCAGGAUCGACCCGGCGACGGGCAGCGUCACCACGGCCGCCAUCAUGGACCGGGAGAUCUGGACGCAGACGAAGCUCGUCGUCACGGCGACGGACCGGGGCAACCCCCGAUUGGCCGGCCAGGCCACCCUCACGGUGAUCGUCGUGGACCUCAACGACAACAGUCCCACAAUCCCCCUGCCGCGGGAGAUACGUGUGGCGGAGAACACUCUGAUCGGCACGGAGAUCACCCAGGUGACGGGGAACGACGUGGACUCGGGCCCCGCCCUCUCCUACUCCCUGCAGCUGGACGCCCACUCGCAGGGGAAAUUCGGGAUCCACCGCUACGGGGGCGGAGUUUCCCUGACUGCCCCGCUGGACUUCGAGGAGAGGACCUGGUACACCCUCACCGUCCGGGCCUCCGACUCCAGGCACCAGAGCGAGGCCAACCUGACCGUGCUGGUGGAGGACGUCAACGACAACGCGCCCGUCUUCACCCAAGACCUCUACCAGGUAACGCUGCCUGAGCAUUCUCCACCAGGAAGUCCCGUCAUCACAGUGACAGCCACAGACCGAGACUCAGGAGACAACGGGAAGGUCACCUACCGAGUGAUGUCAUCAAGCAGAGACGGCUUUUACAUCGACCCCAACAACGGCACACUGUUCAUCAAACAGGAGACGGAGUUCGACCCCGAGCGCCCCUCCGUCACCGUGGUGAUCGAGGCCCGGGACAGCGGCACCCCGGCCCUGUCCUCCGUCACCACCGUCCAGGUGCAGCUGUCCGACGUCAACGACAACGCGCCCACCUUCCACCAAUCGGAGUACAGGGCCACCGUGUCGGAGGACGGGCUCCCGGGGGCCACCAUACUGACCCUGGAGGCGGCGGACGGGGACCCGUCCCGCGAAAACUGCGGCUUCGACUUCGCCAUCGCCAGCGGCAACGCCGGGAACGCCUUCCAGAUCGAGAGCAGCGUGCGCUUCCUGGAGGGGCGGGGCUUCCAGACGGUGGGCACGCUGAUCCUGGCGGAGCGGCUGGACUUCGAGAGCGCGGCGCGCUACAACCUGACGGUGGUGGUGUCGGACCGCGGCGUGCCCCAGCGCAGCUCCAGCGUGCCGGCGGUCAUCACCGUCACCGACACCGACGACAACGCGCCCGCCUUCGGCCGCGCCGAGUACGCGGUGGCGCUCAGCGAGGGCGCGGCGGCCGGGACCGAGAUCCUGCGGCUGACCGCCGCCGACCCGGACUCCGCGCCCAACGCCGAGGUGCGGUACGCCAUCAGCUCUGGCGACGAGACGGGGCUCUUCACCGUCGACCAGUGGACGGGAGCCCUGCGUCUGCGCCGCUCGCUGGACCGCGAACGCCGCUCCUCCCACACGGUCGUGGUCCAGGCCUCCGACGGCGGCGGCAACUUCGCCCUGGCCCCCGUCACAGUGGAGGUGAAGGACGUCAACGACAACAAGCCCUACUUCCCCCUGGACACCCUGAUGGCCAGCCUGCGCGAGAACCAGCCGCCCAACGCCCCGGUCACCGUGCUCCACGCCAUCGACCACGACACGGGGGUCUUCGGCCAGCUGCGCUACUACAUGGCGGAACGUUCCGGCGACGGCACGGAGUUCUUCUCCGUGAACCAGACCUCGGGGGAGGUGCGGUCGCGCUUGACCUUCGACUUCGAGAAGCUCAACAGCUUCAGCUUCGUGGCUCUGGCCGUGGACACGGGGAACUACUCCGCCACAGUGACGGUCCAGGUCUACGUCACCGGGGAGGACGAAUACGACCCCCUCUUCACCUCCCCCGAGUUCUCCUUCGAGGUGCCCGAGGGGGCGCAGAAGGGCCAGAGCAUCGGGCAGGUCCAAGCCAGCGACGAGGACGGCGGCGUGGACGGGAUCGUCCUGUACUCCCUCCCCGACGGGUCGCCCUACUUCGACAUCAACGCCACCACGGGCGUGGUCUUCCUCAAGAUGGACAGCUCGGGUCGCGGUGGCGGGGGGCGGUCCGGGGGGCGCUCCAAACGGGAGGCGGAGCCGCAGGCGCGGACGAUGACCCUGGACGUGGCGGCGCACAGCCCCCUGGACACGUCCCGCGUGGCCACCGCCCAGCUGACCGUCGACGUGACCCGCACCACCUUCGGGCUCCCGCCGGACGUCAACGUCCUGCUGAUCAGCGUCAUCGCCGUCUCCCUGGGCGCCAUCCUCAUCCUCGUCGCCGUCGCCGCGGCGCUGUGCCUGGUGAGGUCGCGGCGGAGGAGGAAGAAGGAGCGGCAGGGGGCGCCGGCGGGCACCGCCCUGCAGAAGCUGGACGACUCCAAGACGGCGGCCGCCGGGGGCGAGAGGAUCUACCACCAGACGCUCCCGGGGUACGCCGGCGACCAGGGCGGGGCCGGCGGUGUGGGGGCCUACCCCAGGGGGGGCUCCCUGGACCCCUCCCACUCCAGCGGGCGGGGCUCGGCCGAGGCGGCGGAGGACGACGAGAUCCGGAUGAUCAACGAGUACCCGCGCGUCUCCAGCAUCACCUCCUCCAUGCAGGAGCACAUCUCCGCCCGCGGGCCCGACUCGGGCAUCCAGCAGGACGCCGACCAGCUUUCGGACAUCUCCUGCGAGCCCGGCAUGGAGGCGGGGGGCCAGUGGUUCAAGGGCAAGAAGCUGGGGAGCCUCGGCGGGACCAUGCUGUCCGGCCAGCACCCCGUCUACCGGGACGAGGGCGGGGGUUACCUGGGCGUGGGACGGGGCCUGAACAUCCCCCAGUCCAAGGACUACGCCUUCCCCGAGGACGGCAAGCCGGCGGUGGACGGCUCGCUGACCGCCAUCGUGGCCAGCGACGAGGAGCUGCGCGGCAGCUACAACUGGGACUACCUGCUCAACUGGUGCCCGCAGUUCCAGCCGCUGGCCAACGUCUUCACCGAGAUCGCCCGGCUGAAGGACGAGACCGCCGCGCCCAACAGCAACCCGCCCCGCCGGCCCUUCCAGCCCAAGCCCAAGGUCGACCCCAAGCCCCGGAUCGACCCGCCCCCGCUCAUCACCUCCGUGGCCCACCCGGGGGCCAAGUCCGUGCCGCCCAAGCCCGCCGUGGGCCGGACGUUCCCGCACCUGGCGUCCCUGCGGCGGUCGCCCAUCAGCCACGAGGGCUCCAUCUCCUCGGCGGCCAUGUCGCCCAGCUUCUCGCCGUCCCUGUCGCCGCUGGCCGCCCGCUCCCCCGCCGUCUCACCCUUCGACGUCUCCCAGGGCCCCUCGGCCCACAUGAUCAGCACCGCCGAGCACUCCCUGGACAACGGCGACGAGGCCGAAAUGAGGAUAUGAUGUCACCGAGGCACCCCGUUGUCCGUCCGCUCCGGACCGCCCUGAAGACUCACCACCGCACCGCGUGUCUGGGAAGGGCGAAAAACACGCUAAAAAUGUAUCUUCUCACAAAAAUACAAAUUACCUCCCAAACAAAAACACCUAUAAACUGCAGUCAGAGCAGUUGGAGGCACAAGCCGAUCUGCAGGUGGCACAAGGGUGUAAACCGUACGCAGAGAAAUUAGUAUUAAGCAUGCAAUACAUAUGUGCGAAUACAAAUUUCAAAUACACGGAUCUGGAGUAACUGCCCGUCUCUGGUGAUGGUGAAGAACGCUGGUCUCGUCCGUCACCCUCGUGAGAGAGGUCCCCA